GGGGGGAAGUUCAGGUCCAAGGCCUCCAACUGUAGCCGAAAGGUAUGUGUGUCUUGCUCAGGAUCCUCGUUGCUGCUCUUCUGCCUGGAUGAUGAAGCUCUUCAAGAGUGCCAGAGCGUGCCCUCGGGCCACUGCGUGCGCGGGAGGCCAUCCAUCUUGAACAAGUUCACUUUGCCGCUGGUCUUGCUGCAUGAGCACUUCGAUGUCUUCUGGUUGGACUUGGACGUCUUCCUUUUUCAGUCGCCCACGCCCUUCGUGGCCCGUACACUGCAGAGGGAGCCCACUGCAGAGCUGCUGGUCUCCGGAGCUUUUGCUGCGGAUUGCAUUUGCAGCGGGGUGGUGCUCUUCCGAGCCACCGAACAGGUAUCCUUGUGGUUGAAGAAUCUGUUGAUUUGGAUGUAUGAGCACCCCUAUGAGCACGACCAAAAGGCCUUCAGCGCCCUGUUGCGCUCCGGCGAGCGCGUGGCCUUCGAACAGGAGCUGCCCUUGCAGCCGUCCCAGCUGCCAAACUGGCUCUUCCUCGACCCGGAGACCCGCUUUGUCUCCGCGCGCCACGUGGACGUGGCCGGCUGGUACGGCGACCCCGACGAGAUCGUGGCCUUCCACAUGCUGCACGGCGAUAGCGACACCGCGGACGCGUCGCGCCAGUGGGCGCAGCGGAACGCCAUGGGGAGCGGCUACGUGCCCCUCCUGGACCUCUUCUUCAACCAGACCACCUUCCCGGAGCUCUACACGACUCCACUCCGCCCGCAUCGCCUGGACGUCCUCCGCGACGCGCUGGAGCGCUCGCGCUGGCCGCACCCAAGGCCCUCGGUGCGGCCACGGUGCAAUGAGACGGUGCCCAUGAGCUAUUGAGUCAGGAAAGGUCCAGGUCAGGAAGUCGGAGGAAGACUCCGUGCUUGGUUGGUCGAAUUGUUCAGCGCCCUUCCAAGAUCUUCAUCUUCCUUCAUGACCUCGUCCUCGCCGCUCCGCCCGCCCUUCUCCCGGCCCAUCGUGACCUCGUCACCUGCGCGGUUCCGCUGCGCGGUUCCGCUGCGCGGUUCCGCUGCGCGGAGCAGGAAGCCAUGGGCAAAAGGGGACCUCGGCUGAUGGGCGGUUCGUGAUCUCGGCUCAUCUCGGGAUGUCUUCCACAGACCAUUUCUAUGGACUGGCUCGCUUCUUUUGGCCGACCCCUUUUCAAAAAACCACUCACUCCAACUGGUCGGUGAAUAGGCCAGACCCAUGGAUGGUCUGGAUAUGUUUGGGUUUCCACGUUUUAAACGCCCCAGUUCCUGCUUGGAGUUGGGUGCUGUGUUUCGCAGCAGGGCCCUAUCUGGCGGGUGACACGCA